ACUGUAAUACGCAUAUAGUUACUAUUUAAAAUCACAAAAUAACUGUCACAUUACAGUUACACAUAUUACCCAUACAAAUUACUUUGUUGCCCUGGUCCACGCUAAAUUAGCGUGGACCAGGUUUAUAUUAGUGUAAAUAUUUCCAAAUACCAUGAGUUUCUUUUUUGUAGAUCCAAUAAAGAGGGAGCUUCUACUAUGGGAAACCCGGUACAAGAUCAUUACAGGAAUUGCGAGAGGACUACAAUAUCUCCACAAAGAAUCUCGUAUUACUAUUGUACAUCGCCAUAUGAAAAUUAGCAAUAUUUUGUUAGACAUCAGGAUGAACCCGAAGUUUGCUAACUUUGGCUGGGUAGAGAAACAUGGAAUUAGUAGUCGAAUUGAUGAAACAAGGAGAUAUAUGGCACCGGAAUAUUUCUUAACAGGGGUGUACUCUGAAAAAUCCGAUGUAUACAGUUUUGGUAUCAUAAUUUUGGAGAUCGUAAGUGGCCAAAGUUAUAGACUGUUCUACAAACCUUCAGAAAACGAAAACCUUCUGAUUCUUGUAAGUACAACGACAUAUACAUUAAAAAUUUGUACCAGCACUACAAGAACUUGUACUCCCUCCGUAUUUUUUUAA